UACACGCUCCUACAUAUACUUUCAGUCUACAUACAUGUUUUCCUCGUCUACGUCUCUCUUGCUCGUUAAGCUAUUUUGUUCUUCCUCUCUUUCUUUUUCUUCAUUUGUUCUGUGAUUUUUUUUUAACAGUGGUUUGAAUUUGAUCAUGGGGUUUGUGAGCACUUUCUUGGGACUUGUUGGCUUUGGAAUUGGGAUCCCUCUUGGACUUUUCAUUGGAUUUUAUCUAUUUAUUUACUCCGCUUCUAAAGAUGAUCACCAUCUCAAGGAUCCUGUUGUUACGCCUCUAUCCGAGCUCGAUACAGAUGCUUUGGAUGAAGUAAUUACCGAGCUACCUAUCUGGGUAAAAAAUUCUGAUUAUGACCGAGUGGACUGGUUGAAUAAGUUUUUGUUUGAUAUGUGGCCUUACCUUGACAAGGCUAUCUGUGGAAUGAUUAAAGUUAUAGCUGAACCUAUAUUCGCUGAGUACAUUGGGAAGUUUCAAUGCGAAGCUAUUGAUUUCGAAAUUCUGAGCCUGGGGACACUCCCUCCUAUAAUUCAUGGAAUAAAAAUUUAUGAGACAACUGAAAGGGAACUAGUCAUGGAGCCAGCAAUAAAAUGGGCUGGGAAUCAGAACAUAACUGUUGCGAUUAAACUUUUAUCGCAGCGUAUCACAGUUCAGUUGGUGGAUAUGCAAGUUUUUGUUGCACCGCGUGUAACAUUGAAAAGCCUUGUGCCAACCUUUCCUUGUUUUGCUAGCAUAGUGGUAUCUUUAAUGGAGAAACCGCACAUAGAUUUUGGCAUGAAUGUAUUGGGCUGCGACAUUAUGUCUAUACCUGGCUUAUAUCGGCCAGUUCAGGACAUUAUCAAAAAGCAGGUUGCUAGUUUAUAUCACUGGCCGCGAACUUAUGAGAUACCCAUCCUCGAUGCUUCAUCAGUGGCGAUCAAGAAACCUGUUGGAAUACUGCACGUGAAAGUUGUACGAGCAAUCAAACUUCUGAAAAUGGACAUUUUGGGAACAUCAGAUCCUUAUGUUAAGCUCAGCCUGAGUGGAGAGAGGUUGCCAUCAAAGAAAACUACUAUCAAGAAACGGAAUUUGAACCCAGAAUGGAAUGAGAAUUUUAAGCUGCUUGUGAAGGAUCCACAAUCCCAAAUUCUCAAUAUAAAUGUCUUCGAUUGGGACAAGGUAGGGGCACAUGAUAAGCUGGGGUCACAAGUAGUCCCUCUAAAACUGUUAAAACCCCAAGAAUCCACGGAGUUUAUACUUGAUUUGCUUAAGAACACAAAUGUAAGUGAUCCGCAAAAGAAGAAGCCCAGAGGUAAAAUUGUGGUAGAGCUGAAAUAUGCUCCUUUCCGUGAAGAUAAUAACAUUGUUAGUGGAUCUCUUGACGGAUCUUUAAGGAUCGAAAGCCAAAACGAAGCUUCAUGUAAUAGUAUGACUUCUAGCGGAGCAGGGGUGCUUAUGGUCACUGUUCAAGGAGCUGAAGAUGUGGAAGGGGAGCGUCACAACAACCCCUAUGCCUUAGUAAUUUUUAAAGGAGAAACGAAGAAAUCAAAGGUGAUUAAAAGAACUCGUGACCCACUCUGGAAUGAAGAGUUCCAAUUUGUGCUCGAAGAGCCGCCUGUAAAUGACAAGAUCCAUAUUAAAGUUAUGAGCAAGCGAAGAGGCAUAGGUUUCCGACGUAAGGAGUCACUGGGACACGUAGACAUUGACCUUGCAGAUGUAGUGCAUAAUGGACGUAUUAACCGCAAAUACCACCUCAUAGAUUCUAAGAAUGGAAUGGUACAUGUUGAAUUAAGAUGGAAGACAAUUUAAGAACAUGAAUGAGCACCUAAUGUAUUUAUUUUUUGUUUGUUAUUUAUCAUGCGUCCAAAGCUUAUUUCGUACAA